UGUUGUGUAUUAAAAGGCAGUUUGGAAAGGUUAACAUUUUAAACGCUGGAGAAAAGACAUUUGAAUGAAGCUGUAUUUUUCUUGCAAAGCUGGAAUUUAACUUUCAGGAUGAAUUCUAUGCUAUUGAUUUCUUUUUUGCUGUCGGCUAUUCCUCAGGCUCAACUGGUUUCAGACAAACCAAAGAGAUCUCCUCUAAACCAACUCACAAGGUUAUUACUUCGCAAAUAUGACUGUGGAGUCCGGCCUGUCCAGAACUGGACCAGUCCAACUACUGUCUACAUUGACCUUAUAAUCCAAUCUGUUCUUGAUGUGGAUGGACAGACUCAGAAGGUUACCACCAGCCUUUGGUAUCGUCAAAUAUGGAAGGAUGAGUUUCUGGUUUGGAAUCCUAAAGAGUUUGAUGGACUCAAUGAAAUUUCGCUGUCCUCAGAUGCCAUCUGGGUGCCUGACAUCAUCAUAAGUGAAUUCGUGGAUGUUGGUAAAUCCCCGGUCAUCCCAUAUGUUUAUGUCAACAGUUCAGGAAUAGUAAAAAACUACAAACCCAUCCAGGUGGUCUCGGCCUGUCACCUGGAGAUUUUUGCAUUUCCCUUUGACAGGCAGAACUGCACUUUGACCUUUCGCAGCUGGCUCCAUUCAGUGAAUGAAUUGGAUUUAGCUCUGUGGAGGCCUGCUGAGAACAUCUCCAGUGAAAUCGAAGAGUUCAUGGAUGACGGGGAAUGGGAGCUGCUGUCUAUUCCAUCUCACUACUGGAUUUUGAAUAUAGAUGACCAGAAGUAUGCCCACAUUCAGUUUAAUGUGUUGAUUCGCAGGCGGCCCCUGCUGUACGUGGUAAGUCUGCUCAUCCCCAGUAUCUUCCUCAUGGUUGUGGAUGUCAUCAGCUUCUACUUGCCACCAAACAGUGGAACUCGUGUCACCUUUAAAACCAGCAUUCUUCUGGGCUACACCGUGAUCAGAGUCAAUCUAAUGGACGAAAUCCCUGCUACGGCCAUUAAAACACCCCUUAUUGGGAUUUUCUUUGCUGUCUGUAUGGCACUACUGGUGCUCAGUCUGGCAAUGUCCAUUUUCGUGGUGAAGCUUUUGCAUUACAGCGAAAGCGAUGUCAAAAAGUUGUCCAUAUCGGCUUGUUUACUCGACAAAUACGGCUCAACAGACCAGAGCUUUAAUGAGAGUGCGUUCACUUCAGUGAAGACGCUGUAUGAUGUGGAUCAGUCAGGGGGCUACGAGUUUGAUCUUUCUUCAGAGACAGAUCUGGUGUCCCUCACGGAUGACGCUCACAGUGACUCUCCACUUGAGAAAAUCUUACAGGAGAUGGUGUAUCUCAAAAUGUGCCUUCAGGAGGAGGACAAUGAAAGCAGUGCGAACGCUUACUGGGUGGCACUUUGCCUUAAAGUAGACAAGCUCCUCUUUCGAGUUUACGUGAUGCUUGUGCUGAUCUACUCUAUGACUCUGCUGCUGCUUUGGAGUGGAUGGAGCUCUGUGUGAAACUCUGACAGUAGCGAUAGUAGUUAAGCGGUUUGGUUAAGAUAAUAAGAGGUAAUGGAGAGAAGGGGAAUAAUGAGUUAAAACCAAAAACUGAAAUUGGAAAAUUUUCACAAUCACUGUACAUUUAUUAAAAUAACAAACAACAUAUUACAUAUUUCCGAUUUUUGGAGAUACAGUACAGUAGAUGAUUGCUUGAAACUAGCUGGACUAGGUGCGCUGUCAAAAAAUAAAGGUACAAAGCUGUCACUGGGGCACCCUUUAAAAAAAGGUCCUAAUAUGCAUCUUUGAACUGCCAAUAUGUACAUUUGAAGUACUAAUAUGCACUUUUUGGGUACAAAGGUGUACCUUUUUGAAAGGGAACUGUCCCAGUGACAACUUUUGUACCUUUAUUUCUGAGAGUGUGGUUAUAGAAAUUGGUUAUGCACUAUGUUAACAGCAAAUGUUCAUUUAUAAUUCAUGCAGUUAAGUUGCAUUAGCUGUGUCAUACAUUUUAUGUACUCCAAUGAAUUAUUCACAGUAAUUGAAAUAAAUGUUGUUUGAAUGCACACAUGGGUUUUAUUUAUUACCAC